CGUUCUGAUUGAAGUUCCAACAGUCCAAUUGUAUGAAUGUGAUCAACUGUUUUAUUGGGGUCUCAAUUACUAUUUUGUUUACAAUAAUCAAGUUCGGUUAAAAACGAGUGUGGAUACUUGUAUUUCGAAUUUCAAACAACGAUUUCAAGAGUAGGCGUAAAAGUAACAUCAACGUCGGUGUUGAAUAUUUCGUGCUAUUAUUGUUAACAGUCGUGCGGUUGGAUAUCUAAAAAAUAGUGCAUGUGGGCAAGAAAACCGUAGAUCUGAAAUCAGAAUUAGUAACUCUAAAAAUAUCCAUAGCCUGUUGCUGUCGGUGACGCAACCGCAGUGUUUAGGGAAUUGUAACACAGGUGUUCUCUUCGCUUUUUGUUUCAUUAAAACUCGUAGAUAGUUUCGAGUUCGUCGAUCGGGCAGUGCGAGUCAAACAUGUGAAGGUAUUGCUGUUAGUACUUUCCAAACUGACGAAUAGUAUUUGGUCAUGAAAAAUAUGGAAGAUAGAUUUCGUCGAACCAAUAACUGUUUGAGUCUUAGUCUUUAACAUGUACAACAACCCUGACCAACCUCAACAAUGGUCAGUGCACGCAGAAUUCACCAUUACCCAUCCAGGAGCAGGAAAUCCCAGCAAUCCCGCUAGAACUAACACCGUUCAAGAUGACAAAGGGGUGCGAAUGUUGUAUUCAUGGUCUGCCAACGACCAUCCCAACACUUGGUCCACUUCAUCUCAAAACAACCCCUCGGAAUCGGGCAGUUACAGAUCUUCCGAAAGGCAGUAUGUUUUUCAGAAAGGCAACCUAUUUUUCACGUCGACGCCACCUGCAAAACCAAGCCAACCGAGUGCACCCGUUUUGGACUCCGGAUACGGAAGUGAUUUGCUCUCGCCGAGUUCUUUCGGGGGCUCAGGUCUGCCCAAAUCCGGAUCCCAUCCCUUCAACCGUAAAUGCAGGAGUACUUGUAAUAUAAUUCUGACGAGCAACGCCAGACAUCAGGGCGCUGGGAUGGAAGCUGGUACUUCGGGUCGCGCACACUGCGGGAGGACACAGAGCCUCCGGUGCCAGACCCCUUCGGCGUGUUGCGAAAAAAGAAGCGAGAAUUUUUACGGAUGCGGAGAUCCAUGGUGCCACCAUUUGCAUUAUGCCGAUGAGUUUUCCACCACCCGGAGGGUCUCGCCCGUUCGAGAAGUUUGCGAGGAUUUUCAAGAGGUAUCCCACGAAGACUGUGAUCGGUCGUGCGUGGUUAGUGAGUCACGUAAAGUGUUAAAUCUAGCGGUCAAACGAGACGUGUCCGUGCAGACUUUCGAGAUGGUCAAUAAGUGUACUUCGCCGUUGUUGAAGGUAGACGAUUCUGAUGGUCAAAAUUCGUCCGGAAGAAAAGGUAGCCGGUUGAAAAGAGGCAGAACUAUCGGCAGGGGAGAUUCAUUGAAAAAAUCGCCGAUACCUCCGAGCGUGCUCACCGAUAAGAUAUUUCAGAAAGAACUUCCAAAGCUGAAUCGCUCUCCGAGCUUAGGAAAAACUUCCCCGUCCGUCCGUGAGAAGAAAGGAUCUGGAAGUGACACAAAAUCCGGUGAUUCUUCGAAGAAACCUCGUACCAUCCAUAUCGACGUUUAUUGCACAGGUACCGACAUUGAAUCGGAUAGCAGUUGCGCUAGUUCCUCGAGCUCUUCGCAUAGUAAGAGUCUAUCAACUCCUCAGACCGUUUUCGAAUCGGAUAAAGUUUGCAUUACUCACAGAAAGGCUGACGAUAAAAUAGUUCCUCGUAAUUUCUCUCAAACCAAUGAUACUUCCUUGGAAAGAGAAGACUCUGACGUAGACGAUGGGGAAAGUACGGGGUAUCCUUCAAAAGUGAGUUCUUACUCCACGAUGGGACAGUCUUUGACCAGCAUGUCUAGUUUUCCUAAUUCAGCGACAUAUUCUUUGUCCAGUUGUACUGUACCAGAUUAUGAAUCUUCUGCUGCUAAUACGUCCUGGAAGGAUACAUUUUCGGACAUUGAUAGUUUGCUACAGAGCCGAAACAGCAUAGGCGGAAACGACAGCUCUUAUUUCAUUCCUAGAAAGAUUGUUGAAGAGAAUGUUAGCGGCUCUGAGUCUCUGAGGACCGGCACGACAAACAGUAUUAGCUUAAAUCCCAGUGAUAGCUUUGAAUAUGAUAAUUCCGAAGAUAGACUUCGUAUAAAGAGAAUGGAACGAAUGUGGAAAAACAAGCAUUUGAAACAAGCCAGUAAAAACAAAAUGUUGUUACGCCAGGAAAAACUGCAAGAAGCUGUGAACAAGAGGUUGAGUCAGAUGAACGUAUCAAAAGAUUCAGAGUCUGAGGUGAGCGAUGAUUCUGAAAAAGGUUGGACAUUCCUCAAAGGCCAAGAAGAGAAGGUCACAGAGUUAGUUGUCCCAGAAGCUAUUCCUCCUACUAAAGAAUCUACUCAGCCGCCAGCACCGAAGAAACCCCUGCGGGUCCUCUCGAAGGAAGACAGCACAUUUCUUGGCAGUUUGAGUGACUCUAGUUCGCCUCCUUGCAAAUCUCCUAGCUCUAUAAUUUUCCAGCAACGUCUUAGUGUAAAUCCUGAUUUACGGUCACCUUUCACAAUUCUUCCAGGCAAGUAUACCGAGUCAAGAUUUAUAGCAAAAAAGUUCGGGCCUAUCAUCGACGUGUACAAAAAGCCAGGACAUCACAUCGGGCCAGCUAAAAAUCCAGACUGUUCAUGUGAUCAUUGCCGAAGAUAUUAUAAGGAUUCGGUGACAGUUAGGAACAGAACUAGUUCUUUGGGUGAUACUCCGAGGAUUCCUCCUGGGCAGGACUGGGGAAAUUUUGUGAAACCGGAUAAGAGAUAUUCAGAUUUUUGAGUGUGUUGUGUUAUGAGGUGUACUUUUUACAUUUAUUUGCUAGCUUAUUUGAACAAACAGCAGUGUACUAAGUUUUAGUUAUACCUUUAAAGAAUAUAUUAUUGU